GUAUAAAUCCACACGACCCUCGGAUCUCCUGCCGCGGCUGCCCAUAGCUGUUUAGUGUGGACGCAUCAAACAGCCAGUUGGAGAGGAAGGGGAGCCACCUCCACGGAGCAAGAUGAAGGAGGGCACGGCGAACUGCAUCGACAUCCUCAUCGCCAUCAUCCUGCCGCCUCUCGGCGUCUUCCUCAAGUUCGGCUGCAAGGUCGAGUUCUGGCUCUGCCUCUUGCUCACCAUCCUCGGCUACCUUCCGGGGAUCAUCUACGCGAUCUACGCCAUCACCAAGUAGUGGUAUGAGAACAGCGCAACACUUGGAGAGAAGGAAUCAUGCAGGGUGUAAACUUCUUACCAGUGUCUUCUAGUUUGGAGAUUGAUUGUCAUGCUACUACUGAAUUCUGAUUGAACUCUAGUUUCUUAAUUGCUUCGUGUCCAUCGAUCGGUCUGAUUAUUUGUGGAUCCGUCCUAAAACGAUACAGUAUUUCGUGUGAAAAGUUCCUGAAAAAUUGUGCUGCUUUGCUUUUGCAAGCAGUGGUCUCUGUAAAUUUGUCUCGAUCGGUGAUAAUAGUAAUGUAUAUUGCUUGGUGAUUUUGGAUGGUUCUCCAAUCUCCACCAGGCGCUGUCAUGUACUGGUA